AAGAGUAUGAGGAAGUGGACCUGUGAUGUCACUGUGCACUAGCCUUCAGCUAAAGCCAGUUUCUUCUCUAGCCACCUCCAGGUUAGAAGGAAGAGCACCCUGAGGUGAAAGGAGGGAGAAAGGAGGAGGACAGCAAUGAAAGGGCUUCAGCUGUUUGUUUGCAGUGCAGUUCUGGCGACUGCUUAUGCCCUCACUGUGGAAACACCUAUCAAGGAAGUACAGGUUGCGCGAGGGAACAACGCUACUCUCCGUUGUAAUUUUAAUACUAAUAUUGCCACCAACACAGGAGAUUUUGUUGUCUGGAAGAAAAUCCUCAGUGCGGAUGAUGCUGUCACUAGGUAUUUUGAUGGGCUUGUACAGUAUGGCAAGGGCUAUGAGAACCGAUUACAUUUUACUGGCGAUGUCAGCAGCGGAGACAUCAGCAUCACCAUCAAUGAAGUAACCAUGGAAGACAACGGGACAUACGUAUGCAGCGUCCGUCUACGGGAUGACCCCCCCCGGCAGUCUGCACUCACGAGUCUUUUCGUCCUCAUUGCACCAUCCAAGCCAGAAUGCAAGAUUGUGGGCACAGCGGAAUAUGGACAGACUAUCAAUCUAACCUGCUUCUCUCACGAGGGCUCCCCAAAACCCACAUACACCUGGCAAAGCUUCAGUGUACAAAACGAGCCCCGUGUACUAGAAACAACAAACGGAGAGCAAAUAACUCUGAAGAACAUCUCGGCAGACACCUCCGGCUUUUACAUCUGCACUUCAACAAACAGUGUGGGAAAGGAAUUUUGCAACAUGACAGUCAGCGUUGUCCCACCAUCCAUGAAUAUUGCCCUUUAUGCAGGCAUCGCUGGAGGAGUUCUUGCUGCAAUUUUAGUUAUUGGUAUUCUAGCCUACUGCUGCUGCUGUCGAGAUAACAAGGACUACGAGAAGACGGCAAGAGAAGAUGAACACAUGCAGAACAUACCUAUGGACACUCAGAGUGCAAAAGAUGCUUCUGAAGAAGAAUGAAGCAGGAAGCCAAUGCCAUCUUCAGGUUUUGCCGAGGAACAGACACUACUGUAGAAAAGAAAUACCUAUAUCUUGUCACAGGAAGUAUUUAGAAUAGCCAAGUAAAAACUAAUGGCUUUGUCUUGUAGUUUCUGAGGGGGGGGGGCUAAUAUUCUUGUUACCCUGGAAAGAUGUGCUUAACAUGCAAUGGGUAUUAAUAUUUAACCUCACAGUAGGAAAAUGCAUGUGAAGUGCUGUUCCACCCACUCAUCCAAAAAUAACCACUCUUCUCACCAUCCCACUUACUGUAAAGGAAGCCAGACAAGUCUAUUUGGAGAAAAGAGUUGCUAAUAUAUCCCUAGAUCCACAGAAGGUUUCAAGGGCACUGAUUUUAAGUUACAAGGAAGAGUGGUCAUACUUAUGGUGCUAUGCAAACAUCAGAGCUUGCAGCAUUGUCCAGUGCAGAAA